AGCUGCAGAUACAGCCUCAGAAAGCUACUGCCAGAGAUCACCAAUGAUGUCAUUGAUUAUGACUCUUUAAAAAGUCACAGAACCUUUGUGACCUCACUCCUAUUCUUGAGGUAGCUUGAUAAAUCACAGCAGAUGGCAGCUGGGGCACAACUUUAUUCAAGUCACCAAGACCUCCUCUACCUUGCUUCUGGGGAAAGACCAUAAGAAGUAGUCUGUAUUUUUAGUUUAUUUCAGUCUCAGCUUAUCAGACUUCUUGAGCCAAGUGCUAACAAAUUUCCUUUGAAGACCAACUUGCUAGAGACUGCUUAUCUGAAUCAUGCAGUGCAUACAGGAUAUCAGUGAAGACGUCUGGCAGGACUGCAUCAGUAUCCUCCUACAGACUGGUAUGUGCUGUGACGCAGCAAUUAUCACCAAUUCCCCACCCUGGUUAUUAGCUUCUUAUUCUGAAGGCAACUUGUUACAGUUGACCCAGGAAGAAAUUCAGAUUUUACUGGCAAGGGAGGAGAGAGAGAAGUUGUUUCUCCAAGGAGUCACCCUUGCAGGGAUCAAAUGCUUGUUAAUUCGAGACAAUCUGUAUGCUGAAGGCAACAACACCAUGGACCUGCGCACCAAAGGCCAGAGUCGGAGCAGCCGGGCAGUGACAGUAGUUCAGAUCGAGUCUGUAUGGCUUGUGGUGAUUGGACAAAAAGGAACAGAGGGAGGGCCUCUCAACCUCAAAGCUUUUGAGAUGGCAGGUUAUGUCAGAGAGGCCAUUCAGCAACAGUUGGCUCAUUUCUAACUAAAUAAAAAAGAGUUGAUGUUUGACCU